UGUGUGAGUCACACGCUGGCUGCUACUGUAGAGGAGGUCAACUUAAAGAAGCUGCUCAGAGUUUUGAAGCUGUUACUGAACCUCAGCAUGUAGGACCGACACGGAGAGGCUGAGGCUGAGCAAAGACUGCUUAUGAAUUGCUAAGAGAAAGGUCAAGAGGUCAAGAGCAACACCUAAACAGUGUUAUGGCACCGAUCUACUCAGCUGUGGGAGCCUGGCAGACUGCAGGGUUACCAGGGGCCGCAGUCUUCUCUCUGAUCAUCCUCUUCAUCCUCACCAUCAUAGUCCUUGCUCUCUGCACAAGAUGUCAGAAACAUUCGUUUGAUUUGCAGCACGACAUUCCAGAAGAGAGAAAUUCAACACUAGUUCGAGUCGUACAACUGGAAAACGUCGCAGGGGCCAUGGAUAACCCUGCUGCUGCAAACAUCGCGGAAGAUGAAAAGUAUCUCAGCCCACUGCCUGAGGAGGGGGCUGUGAAACCUGCCGGACAGCAAGAGCUCAGAUCCUGGAAGAGUCACACCUUAGAUCAUAACCCAGAGAGGACAAUAAAUGGUGACAGAGAUGACACGAUCAUCCAAAGGCCUAACACCAACCCAGCUGUAACCGAACCUCCAGUCAUGGAAACAAGCCUGAGACCUGCGGAUCAAACUGUAUCUACAUUCACUGAGAACAAUCUGCCAACAGACAAUCCCUUCAUCAAUUCAGAGCUGCCUGAUUUCCAAACAAUUUCCUUGGAAUAUCAGGCUGAAGAGACCAAUCGUGACUUGUCCAGCACUCUGCAGUUGCAAUACAAAACCUCCCAGAACAUGUAUGAAACUGUCAGAGAAGUCCCUGUGAGCGCAGACCAAAGUGAGAUGAUGCUGAACCCGUAUGCUACGUAUGAGUCCAUCAUGAUGAACGGCCCUGAGGGGAAUUGGUCAGAUCUGCCUGCACCACCAGAGGAGCUGGAGGUGGAACUUGGCAACAGAAAUAUUAGUGACACAUAUGCCCGCAUAAGUAAGAAAAUCAAGCGUUCCAGCCCACCACUUGAAGAACCAGUUGAAAAUACGGGAGAGGAUGGAUCACCACCCCUACCAGACCGAAGCUAAAUAACUAAAAAUCAUUGUGCAACCAUGACCACAAGUUUUCACAUCUUCUCCUGGAGAACUAGAGUUUGUUUGAAGUCUUAGUGAAACACUAAUUGUGGUGUCCAAGUAGGCCUGGGCAAUAUAUCAAUAUUUUAUUAUUAUCAUGAUGAAUUUACAUAAAAGAACACAAGAGGGCAGGUGUUAUUGCAAACAUCACAGCUGUCAUAUGAUUGUAGACAUGAAGGCAAAUACUGUCAUCAUCACAGGACGUCCAGUGAUCCACUGCAUUUAUAUAACACUUCUGCAACAAAGAAAAAAGCAAAGAGGCCCCUUCAGACUUUAUUACAUGAGCUUUAAUAUUGGGAAUUCCUUUCAACAACAGUAGUAAAAAAGUAGUAAUGGUCUUUUGCAUUACAGACAGAGCCAUAAAACUGCAAUAUCAGAUUUCAAUAUUUAACCUGAAUGUCAUUUUAUACGAGCCAGGCUGUAAAACAUUUUACAGCGCUCCUUGUUUACUAAACUGUAUUUUGUUCGUUUCUGGCUACUUCCGGUUUGUUUAGUUGUUGCCUAUCACAAAAGCUUCUGCUGACAGAAAAGCUUGCUUAGGAUCAACGACAGGUUCAGAAUUUGGUGUAGGCGUGCUGUCACAGGCUUCUGCAGAAUCUGACCGAUCUGCAGGUCAAAUAUUAUCCUACAGACAUUAGCUAACGGAACCAUUUUCUAUUUUUAUAAAGUACAAAACUAGUAACAGUAGCUGCAUUAUAAAGCAAGCCAUUACCAGGAAAUCAGUGCUCAGAAGAAUGGCGCAGUUACUGUGACAAUAACGGGCAGAUCUCUUCUCAACCAAUCAGAUUGUGUCUUCUGAACUGCUGUAUAAUUUCUGAGCAUAUUAUGGAUAUUGUCAGUACAUCAAAAAAGACACUGACAGACUUAAUCUUUCAUGGCAAAGAGAGAAUAUCUGGUCAUGUUAAACCAGAUUAUGUGCAGUUUAUGUGAAAUGUUAACUAAUUAAAUAAUCAUCCCCCACUGGCGUCCAA